AUGAAGUCCAUGGUUUCUCUCUGCGCGUUGGUCUCGGCCACCCUCACCACCUCGGUGGCGGCCGUGCCGACUCCUUCCCUGCCCAUCGGAAGGCGCCAAGGCACCUGUGGAGCAUACCUCGUGCAAGCAGAGAAGCUCAAAGCCCAAUCGGAUGACGGUACCGACAUUGCCUGGCUCAGCUAUGUUUCGCAGGGCUCUGACCGGGUUCUCGAACUCACCGCCACGAGUGCGACCGACCACAACCAAGUCAAAGCCCCCACGCUCUCCUUCCAGGAGUGUGGCUACCAGGGCUUCACCCAGGGCUACUCGCGCAACGAACACGGUAGCAUGGGUGCUCCUCUCGAGUACUGGGGUCGUGUUGUGAACCAUCUGGAAGCCGCCAACGGCGAUUCGGGCAGCGAGCUGGUGCAGACGUGUCUCUCCGCUUCCAACACGGGCAAGGCCGGCACCUUUCACUUCCACGAGUGCGACGAGACCGAUUCCAAGCAGUGGUUCCGUAUGCAGGAAAGCCUGGGAGGAAACUACAUCGACUACUUCCCCGUCAAGAACACCACCGGCUACAAGUACGACGGUCAGACGCCCGAAAAGUGGCAGAUCCCCAUCUACUCUGAUCCCCACGCUUACCACGAUGACCCCGUCCAGUACACCGGCGAAACCACUUACCAGUACGUUCUGUUCAACUGA